AUGUGUGUAUUAUUUGUCUCGUCUGAGAUCGUGGAGCACACCCCCUUCCUGUCCAGUGGAGGAGCGGCUCGGGCUAGUCAUCUUCGAAAGAAUGGCUCAGUGACACCGACUAAUCAGGGGGGUAGAGGACCGCCUGGAGCCCUCGGCAGCAAUGCUGACAUCUCCGUGAACGGAGCGGGCAAUAAUGGGGGAGGGUCUCCAUCAGCUCCUCCUAAGAUACGGGUUACGUGCAGAAAACGGCCGUUGAACAGGCGGGAGCUGUCAGCAAGGGGAGGAGGCGACGUGGUAGCUUGUCGGGAUGGGGCCGUCGUGGUUAGUGAGCCCAAGCUCAAGGUGGACCUCACUAAAUACGUCGAGGAGCAUACUUUCCAGUUCGAUGAGGCUUUUUCUGAGGAAACGACCAAUGCUGAACU